AUGACGAAGAAAGGUUUACCGGAGCAGCAGGACCAAUCCCAGGAGGAAGCUCAAGGUCAAUUGAAUCAAAAUGCGGAGAACCAUGAGGGUGACAAUGACAACAACAACAAUAACAUCUUCGACCAAACAUUUACUUCAGAACCUCCGCCAUAUUCAAGCCCCGUGUCCAAUACUGCGAUUCCUCGACGCCCAAUCAGGACAACAUCGUCACCAGCAACAUCUACAUCUACAUCAGCCACAUUCCCGCUCAUCGACUUCUCCAAAUAUACCAUCCCGAACUCAUCGCUUUCCAAGGACGGGUCCACAAUCUCAACCUACCAUCCUGCAUUCUCCACGAAUCCUGCGAGUCUAGUGCGCUUUAUACAGGAACAAGCAGCAUUACCGCCAUUACCGUAUAUCCACAUCCUGAGCGAUGAUAACGGAGGCUUGCAGCGGGAUUUUGACAUCAAGAUCAAUAUGUUGCCAUUGUUUCUGAACCAGACUGCAACAAGUAAUCAGGACAGGUGGAAUUAUGUCAAAUUAGUGGCGGACGGAGAAUCAGCGUAUCGUGGCAGAAGUGAUGCCGGAAUCUCACCAACAGUCAAAGGCGGGUUAGAUGAAUGGGCAAAGAGGUUUUGCAAGGAGGGCUCAGCAGUGAAGUCGUUUACAUUAACCCGCCAACUCUCCAACUGGAACACAAGCUAUAUCGAAGGCCAGAUCCGAAGUUUAAUCGCUUCAACGGGCUACAACAAACCCAUCACCAUCACAUUCCCCGUCAAAUACUCUAAAAUAGUCGUCUACCCGCCCCGCUCAAAUAGUUUUAAUAGCUUUUUUACGACGUUGGUGUCGCCGUUGCUGGACAAGAAGCGUUAUGAGGUUGUUCGUGCCGUGUGGCCGUAUGCUUCUUUACCGCCCGGUCCGGCCGCGAAUCCCAACCGUGUACCCGUGGUGCAGACUGAGGAGAUGUGGUGGGAGGAGUGGAGGGAUGUGCUUCGAUGGGCGAUUUUUAGUAAGAGAGUAUCUGGAUGGGUUUCGGUUGAUGAUAUGUUGGAUUUUAGAAUGGCGCCGACGUAG